ACAAGACGAAGUGCCUGGUAAGAAAAUGAAGAUGGAUGUUAAGAAUUUUAAGGUGCAUAAGAGUGAUGUAGUGGACAGAAACAAAUUUUGUGAUCUCUGCAACAUGAUAUUUAGCUCUCCAGUUGUUGCUCAGUCUCAUUAUGUGGGAAAAGUCCAUGCUAAAAAACUGAAGCAAUUAAUGGAGGAACAUAAUCAGGUAUCUCCAUCAGGAUUUCAGCCAGAGUUGGCAGGUGUGCCUAUUACUACUUCUGCAGAAUCAACUUUUCUGAAGCCUCUUGCUGUCAAGCCUCCUCCAGGUGGGAUUAAAGACAAGACUGUGCCUUCCUCUUCCAGCAGUGCUUUGGAUUUGAAUAAUCCAAACAAGUAUUGCAAGCUCUGUCCUGCUUCCUUUAAUAGUCCAUUAAUGGCCCAACAACAUUAUGUUGGGAAAAAACACAAAAGAAAUGAAGCUAGGAAGAAGUUUGUAGACAAGAUAAGAGAGAAACCUCUUCUAGCAAAAUCAGAUGCAAAUGCAUUUAGUAUGAGGACCUAUGUUUGCCAUAUUUGUAAUAUCACCUUUACAUCUUUAGAAAUGUUCCGGUCCCAUAUGCAAGGAAGUGAACACCAAAUUAAAGAAUCUAUUGUUAUCAACCUAGUGAAGAAUUCAAAGAAGACACACGACUCUUACCAAGAUGAAUGUGCAGAUUACAUCAAAAUGCAGAAAUCCAGAGGACCAGAACACAAGACCUGUUUCAGAAAGAUGGAAGAGGGUUAUUUAGAAGCCCGUUGGUACAGGGAAGUAGUUGAUUCUAGAUCGAGACAUAGAAUAUUUGAACAGAGACUCCCAUGUGAGACUUUCUGGGCAUACCCAGGAUCAUACAGUAUUUCACAAACAGCAGAAAACCAUUUACCUCAUUGUUUACCAGCUCAUUCAAAGAAGACAUAUGACUCUUUCCAAGAUGAGCUGGAAGAUUACAUCAAAGUGCAGAAAGCCAGAGGACUAGACCCAAAGAUUUGUUUCAGAAAGAUAAGAGAGAACUCUGUGGAGACCCGUGGGUACAGAGAAGUUGACUCUGGACCCAGACAAAGAAUGUUUGAGCAAAGAUUUUCACAUGAGACUUCCCAGACUUACCAACAACCAUACAAUAUUUCACCAGUGGAGAGCCAAUUACAUUAUUGGUUACCAGUUCAUUCAAAAAGAACUUACAAUUCUUUCCAAGAUGAGCUAGAAGAUUACAUCAAAGUGCAGAAAGCCAGAGGACUAGAGCCAAAGACUUGUUUCAGAAAGAUUAGUGAUAGCGCUAUAGAAACCCAUAAGUACAAAGAAAAGGUUGAUUCCAGACCCAAACAUAGAAUGUUUGAGCAAAAAGUCCCAUUUGAGACUUCCCAGACUUAUACAGGAUCAUACAGUAUUUCCCAAGUAGUGGAAAACCAGUUACCUCAUUGCUUACCAGCUCAUGACAGCAUACAGGGACUAGACUCUAUAUCCUGUGAACCCAUCAGAGGCUGUUUUCCAGAAAAGCCAGUACCCCUGAGCCUUAGUCAGCAAGAAAAUAACUCUGGCUCGUAUAGUGUAGAAUCUGAAGUUUACAAGCACCUCUCAGAAAACAGUACCAGUGACCAUAAAACAGGUCAUAAACGGAGACAUCAGAAGAGAAAAAGGCACCUGGAAGAAGGUGAAGGAAGGUCAGAGAAAGAGCAAUCCAAGCAUAAAAGGAAAAAGAGUUAUGGGGGUACAAAUCUAGACAAGGACAAGAGCAUCCGACAAAGGAAAAGACAGGGAGGAGAUAAAGUCAGUGUCAGUCCAGGAAAGCUUAAGCAUCGAAAAAAGAAAAAAAGCCAUGGUGUGCCCACUGAGAAAGAAGAACGUAAGCACAAGAAAGGGAAAAAGAAAUCUGUUGAAGAAAAGACAGAAGAGGAAAUGCUUUGGGAUGAAUCUAUUCUUGGAUUUUGAGUUUUAGCUUUGUUUACCCAAGGAUAAUUGACAAAAUCAGUUAUGAGUUUGGACAAAGACAAGAAUAUCCAGUGAAGAAAAGGAGCAAUGGAUAU